UUAGAAGAGAUUGCUGCAAUAGAUAAUCUUUUCCUCACAUUGUGUGUCCAGUUUUAUGGGGAGCAAGCCCAGGACUAUGGUGGGCCCAGACGGGAAUUUUUUAGAUUAGCUCUUCGGGAGAUAAAAGAAAAAUAUUUUGACCAUGGUUUGCGCGAACUCCUGAAAGAUGAAUAUGAAAUUGUUGGAACCAUAAUGGGCCUAAGUAUCUUGCAAAAUGGGAAACUUCCUCAGUUUAUUCCACCAGAUGUCAUUUCUGCCUUAUUUGAUGUGAAUGUCAAAUUGGCCUGCAUUGAAAAUCUAAGGACUGGUCUUAAGAAAGUGGGAAUCUUUCAGAUUUGCAGCCAGAUGCCAUCAAUGCAAGAUGUAUUUAGGUUCAAUCCAUCUUCCACAUUAACAAUACGAAAAUUGAAUGCCUUGUUGUCUCCACAAUUCAGUCCAACUGGCUCAAAUAGGAGGCGUUUUGAGGGUGCAGUUUAUGCUGUAUUCUGCAAAUAUGUUCGCGAGGUCGCGGGUGGACGCCGGGGAGAUGUUACAUUGGCACAUAUACUUCAGUUUGCAACCUCAACUGAUGAAGAGCCAUUAUUGGGAUUCACAGUAGCACCGUCCAUUAUAUUCCAAGAAUUUACUCAAUCAUUUUUGCCCACAGCAAAUACAUGUGUAAAUGCUAUGACUCUACCUCAUGCAUCCAUAACUGUUCAACUACCCCAUGACCAAAAGCUGUGGGAAUUAUAUGAUGAAGCUUUCUUGAAUGCAUAUUUUGGAAAUAUGUGAGUGUAUUGCUUAUCACAUUGUGAUCAUUAGGCUUCUGGUUAAAUGGAAACAGGAAGUAAUAUAAUUUGGUUGACAUUCUGAACAAGUAACCCAAGUGUUAGUAAAGCCUUUAUGAGCUUUGUGUUUUGUUUCUUAAUAUUAGUUAAGGGUCCAUACAGUAUAAAAUGUUAAUAUAUAUACAUUGUGGGACUCAAACAAUUGAA